AUGGGCGCUCCAUAUCGAACAGUCGGCUUACCGAUCCACCUCCUUUACCCCAUCCUCUCGCUCGUCCUCCUCGCUAUCGCGGCGUUCUCGUCGGCAAGCAGUGUGUGGUAUGUCUCGGCCGAGACGCCCACGCUGAGAGUGCGUUUCGCAGCUACUGAUUACUGCGGAUACAACAUGUCCAAUCUCGUUGUCAUUGCCAAAGUCGGCUGUAUCUCCCGCGGAUGGGAAUGGCAGAUCCCGCAAAACUACUUUGGUUUCCCUGUUCCGGAGGAUGUCGCGGUGAAUCUGAGCCGGGUGGCUGUCACUUCUGCUGUUGCAUUCGGUCUUGUACUCGUCGCUGGACUGUGGCACGCGUACGUGAUCAGGUACAGCUUUCGCAAGUCCCCUGCGCCCAACAAGGACAAGCUGUACUCAUGCGCCCUCAUCCACUUUGUGUCGGUCAGCGUCGUCUUCAUGUUCACCUGGAUCGCCUUCAUCGCCCAAGCCGCCGUCAUCGGCAACGCCACCAAGUAUUCCGGAGACCUCAUCAAUGGUAAUCCCAACGAGGUCGCGAUCCAGUGGGGCCAAAGCUCAUGGCUUGUCCUCGGGGCGGCGGUGAUCCAUUUCGGAUGGGGGUAUGAGGCUGUCAGGUGGCGAGCUGCUAUACUCAAGUGA